CCUCGCUGCACUACUCUUGAAAUGCACAAAAGACAAAAAUCAUGUCGCUGUAUCUUUCCAUGUUAUAGCGGAAGAUUCACUCUCGUUUUGCACCUUUCAAGAGUAGUGCAGCGAGGCCCCUAAUCUUGGAUAAGGUUGUUGUUGAUCAGAAUGCAGCUUAUUUCAUUGGUUCCCACAUCUCCCAUUGAAGGCCAGAAGACUGGAACAAGUGGCCUGAGAAAGAAGGUGAAGGUGUUCAUGCAGGAAAACUAUUUGGCCAACUGGAUUCAGUCGCUAUUCAAUACAUUGCCAGCGGAUGAAUUGACCGACGCAGUGUUGGUGCUGGGGGGCGAUGGUCGGUACUUCAACAAGGAGGCUGCACAGUUUAACUACAAGAGCGGUGAGCCAGCACCAGAGACAAUCACCAAUGAGAUCUACAAGAACACAUUAACGAUUAAGGAGAUAAAAAUGGCGACGUUCGCUGACGUGGACCUUACCGAACUCGGAGAGACGAAGCAUGGAGAGUUUUCUGUUGAAGUCAUUGAUCCAGUUUCGGACUAUCUUGGGUUGCUGAAGGAAGUGUUCGACUUUGAUGCCUUGAAAGGGUUGAUCGCACGGCCUGAUUUCCGGCUCGUAUUUGACGCCAUGUGGGCAGUCACUGGCGCUUAUGCAAGGCCAAUCAUUGUUGAUGCGCUUGGUGCAUCAGAGACGUCACUUAUGCAUGACACACCCUUGGAAGAUUUCGGCGGCGGCCAUCCAGAUCCCAAUCUGACGUAUGCAGAGGAGCUUGUGAAAAUCAUGUUCAAAGAUGAUGCUCCCGACUUUGGCGCAGCCAGCGAUGGCGAUGGUGACCGGAACAUGAUCUUGGGGCGCAAUUUCUUCAUUACGCCAUCGGACUCAGUUGCGAUAAUUGCUGCUAAUGCGCAAGCGUGCAUCCCAUAUUUUAAGAACGGUGUUAAGGGCCUUGCAAGAUCAAUGCCAACAAGUGGAGCACUCGAUCGAGUGGCAGAGAAACUGGGUCUUCCUUUCUUUGAGACUGUGAGUGGUUUUCGCAUGAAGAAGAGGGGGAGGAGGGGAGGAGGAGGAGGAGGAGGAGAGGAGGGGUGUAAUGGUAACUCAUUUCUGGCGGUCCUGGCGUGGCUUUCGAUUCUUGCACACCGGAACAAGGAUGUCCCUGUCGGACAGCCAUUGGUGUCUGUUGCUGAUGUGGCGAAGAGCCAUUGGGCUGCGUACGGAAGGAACGUCUUCAGCCGAUAUGACUAUGAGGAGUGUGAUGCAGAUGCAUCUAACCAAAUGAUGGAUCACCUGCGGGAGAUCAUAGCGAAGAGCACACCAGGAGAUCAGUUUGGAGAUGGUGCGUUCACUCUGAAGUUGGCGGACGACUUCACUUAUGUUGAUCCGGUGGAUGGGAGCGUGGCGGCUAAACAAGGGUUGAGAUUUGUUUUCACAGAUGGAUCCCGAAUUAUUUUCCGGCUCUCGGGGACAGGAUCGGCUGGGGCAACCAUCAGGCUAUAUCUGGAGAAGUAUGAGCCUGAUGUAUCAAAGCAUGACCUUCAGGCUGGAGUAGUCCUGCAGCAGUUGACAGACAUUGCACUGGGCAUUUCCAAGCUGAAAGAUUUCACUGGAAGAGAGGAGCCGACGGUUAUCACCUAGAAGCGAUUGAUAUCGAGAUUCGAGAUGUCAUCUAUUACGGGAUAAUGUCAAUCCAAUCGUCGCAGAUUGUCUGCUGAGUGAGAUGAGGAGCUGAACCGAACUGCAAGCCGGCUGCAUGUGGCUCAUCCUACCGUACUAUAUCGACUCCCUUUCAUUGGGGACAGGGAGGGGGAACAACGGGGGGAAAGAUACAGGGACGCCUCCCCAAACACCAUCUUGCCGGUGAAGUCUCCUAGACACACACACACACACACACACACACACACACACACACACACACACACACACAGAGAGAGCAAUUAGGACAAACAGAACACAAGCAAUGGUGAGAAAACUGUGGAGGGGUGCAGAAUAGGGUGGGUGAAGAUGGGGGAAGGGAGACAGAACAGAGGAAGGGUGGCAGAAGGGUUGCAGGGAAUUUACAUUGCCUUGCUGGUAGAGUUCUCAGGCGAAAUUGGAGACACACAACAUGGAGAAGGGUGAGAGAAGGGUGGGUGGAGGGCGGGCGAAGUGGGGGGGGGUGAUUUGUGAGCACUUGUUGAGUUCCGGUUCAGAGUUGUGGGGAGAAAUUGGAGUCACAGAACAGUGAGAAGGGUGGGUGAAGGGUGGGGGAGCUGUGAGCAAUUACCGAGUCCGUUCAGGGUUGUGAUGAGAAAUUGGAGACACAGAACAGGGAGAAGGGUGGGUGAGGAAGGGUGGGUGAGGAAGGGUGGGGGAAUUGUGAGGACUGGUUGGCAAGUACUGUCCAUCAUUGGGGACUUGCAUGCAAGUGUCGUAAAUGGAUUCGAUCUUAUGCUCUCAACCUGACAUCCCGUUAAAAUGGGAACGAUACAGAGAAGGGUAAAUUAGCAAAUGGCCCCUGUGCAAGGAUGACACGCAUAAAUCGAGAGAUAUUCCAAAUUAAAAUUAAAAAAAAAAAGAAAAAAGAAAAAAAAAAGGUGGGGUUGGGGAGGGGGUUGGAGGGAGAAUAGGCAUGAGGAAAGAAUUGGGAGGAGGGGAGGGAGGAGAAUGGUCUGCUACAAGGUGGGCAGGUGUGGUGAAUGUGCGCUUGCUGGUGGUUUUGCAGCUUUUGCCUUAUUAUAAGAAACCGAAGUUUUUUCAAUAAGGCACGAGGCAUUGUUAAACUUUCCAUUUAAGGAAAGCGAGCAGGGAUUGAUGGCGGCGAAAGGAUGGAGGAGAAAGCUGUUUUUUUGGUCUCCCUGAGCUGUCUGUUUUCCAUUUUUAUUUUUAUUUUUUGUCUUUGUUUUUCUGGUUCUUUUCUUUUCUCUUUUUCUGGAUUAUUGUCUUUUGUCAUUUGUGACCAAGGUGCAAAGGUGCUGCAAUUUAACUGCCGGCAGGUUUUUUGUUUUUGCCAUCAAAUGCGCCAGCAGUUUUGCGUAGUACCUAUAGAUAUCUGCUGGUUUCGCCACAGAAGACAAUCAACUGGAAUAAUUUUUCUUUAUCCUUUUUCUGAGUUUUUCGAAGUCUUUGUUUUGUUUUCUUGAAUUAUUUUGAUUUCUUGUUUUUUGCUUUUUUCUCUUUUCUUUCUUCUUUGUUCUUUUUCGUUUUUUCUUUUUUUUUCCUCUUUUCUUUUUCUUAUGCACAGGAAGCAGCAUUUCCUGAAAUGGAAAGGUGUUUUUUUUUGCCAGCACUCCUUUCGUAUCUCAAUGAAUGUUCCUGGAAACA